AUGGACCAAACAAUCGACGGUGACUCCGUGUACCGCAUUGCCAGCGCCUCCAAGUUGAUUACCGUCUACUUGCUCCUGCUCGAGGCUGGAGAGGGAAUCUUAACGUACCUGCCAAACACCACUCCAGCGUACAGCAACGCUGCUUUUGCCACGCUUGGUCUGGUUCUAGAAGAGGUCGGCAACUCAUCCUUCGACGAGGCACUUCGCGGCCUGCUCAUUGCACCCUUGGGGCUCAACGGGACGACAUCCUCAGCGCCGAACUCGACCAAUGCUGUCAUUCCUGGUGACGCGACUGCCUCAGGCUGGGAUUCUGACCUCAGCGAUACCCCUGCUGCAGCAGAGGGCGGCCUCUUCAGCUCCCCAAACGACAUGUCUGCCAUUGGUCGUGCGAUCCUCUCCUCUUCUCUCCUGCCAGGGUCCACGACACGGGCAUGGCUCAAGCCCACGUCAUUCACUUCCUCGCUUAUUGGUGCUGUCGGUCGUCCCUGGGAGAUAUUUCGCGCCGUUAUCGACGCGCGAGACUUCGAUGUGGGAAUCGUCGUGAUGAUGGCAGGUCAAAGAGGAAUUAUCGCAACGGCUAUCGCUGGUGUGAUCAUCGACGAGCUUCUGCCGGCUUUGGAUGAGGCAGCGAGGGUGCAAGCGGACGCCGCGUUCGCUGGAACAUACACAGCAACCAACGGGCUGAAUUCGACCAUCACACUGGCGACCGCGCCCGGCAUCCCAGGACUUAGCAUCACGGAAUGGGUCAGCAACGGCACUGACCUGCGGCGCUCGUGGUUGCAGGGCAUAGAAAACUUCCAGAUGUAUCCAACCAACAUCGUGAGCAAGCAUGGCAAGCAGGUCUCGUGGAGAUCAACAUACGUUUCGGUGCCAGACACAGGGUCGCCAUUUGAUGCUUGCCCCUCCUGGGUCGGGAUCGAUCGGCCCACCCACGGUGUUUUCGGUGUCGAUGAGUACGUCUUCCACCUAGGCGAGGACGGUAGAGCAUGGGGUGUCGAGCCGAGGGCCCUGAAGAUCGUGCUGGAGAAGGCCUGA